AGCCUAACUACCCGGUCUAUGAUGUCGCUUCCUACGACAUGCGCAGGCCUCGGUUGACCUAUAUAGCUAUGCACCUAAUGCAUUAACAACACAAAGCAGAGACACACACAUGUGCAGAUAUCGGAUCAUUAACCGAGAGAGACGGGAAUCCACAUCGGGAUUAACAAUGUAGUCUUGACUGUAGCAGUAGUUUCUGCGUUGUACGGCGCUCCAAGAUGGAUGCCCCUCGAGCCGUGCUUGUCCUCUACCAAACUCUGCUGAUAGUCACACACGGACAAGACAGCUGCACUUGGGGAAAAUAUGGAGAAAACUGCAGCAAAGACUGCCCUUCCAACUGUCUCGUCAAUCCAGAGAGAAACAUCAGGCACUGCCACAAGGUGACAGGGAAGUGCUCGGAGGGGUGUGUUCCGGGGUGGUUUGAGGACCUCUGUGAUCAAGCCUGCAGCAAGAACUGCCUGAGAAACAUCUGUAAUCGGCAAAAUGGCAUCUGCACGUUUGGUUGUAGUGGAGACAAUAGAGGCGACUAUUGUAACAUUGGACAAGUAGACGCAUCUACGAAAGGUCCUAUUGACUCAACCACGAACGGUCCUAUCGACACCACCACAACACAACCCACGAAUCUUGCUGCGAUUCUUAUCCCAGUGUUCAUCGUCAUCAUCGUCGUCGCUAUCAUCCUUGCUGUGGUGGUGCUCAGACUAAAUCGGAGAAGGGGGCGUUCUGAUAACAGUCCUGCUGAACGUCUGCGCUUGAUUGAUCUGCAGCCUGAAGCAGGUCAGUGCACAUCGCCAAGGGACGAGGAGAUUCAGGAGAUGAGCCAUUCAGACGGAGAUAAACUACCAAAAGAUCUGCUAUACCAGAUGAAGGAUAUCAAAGAUCUAUUCAUUGAAACUGAGAGUUUCAACUUAGUGAAAGAGAAGCUGAAGACGUUUGGCCAUGUGACAAUAAGUGGUGCUCCAGGAUCUGGUAAAACAUCCAUGGCCCUGAUGCUGGGAGCUGAAUACAGGAAGCAGGGGUAUGAGCUGGUACUGGUUGAGGAUGUUGGGACUGUUCAGUUGUCUGAUUGCCUAGGUCAGGGCAAGGGCGUGUGUGCCAUAUUCGAUGACAUAUUUCAGAAGGGUGGAUUUUUGGAUGUGCAUCGCCUGAGACAAGUUCUCUAUGAGCUCCACGGGCACCUGGAACAGUGGAGAACCAAGUUGGAAACAAGAUACCACAGUCUCCAGCAAACACGAGGAGCGGAACAGAGGAGGACCGACCAUCCAAACCUGUAUCUUAUAUUCACCACAGAUAGCAACAACCUUGAAUGUGCAAUGUCAAAACUUGAAGGCCAUAUAUUUUUCCAAAACUCUUCAGUGGUAGACUUGACUAAAUCGAAGAAACUUGAAGAGAAGAAGGCCAUAUGGUUAAUACACAAACGUCACUAUAAAUGUGAAACUGACGUUGAUGUGAGUACAAUUAUUGCAUACGAGGAAACUGUUGGUUUCCCUCUGGCAUGCAAACUUUUCUCAACACACGUACCUUUUCAAGGGCUCAAGGAAACGUUUUUUGAAAGGUCUCUGUUUUAUCUUCAACGUGAUCUUCAUAAGCACACAAGUCAACUUGAUGACCAGUCCCUAAAAUUAUUGCUGAAGUCAAUGUGUGACGGUGAAGUGAAAAUCAGGCAACAGGAGACUGAAUCUGAUGCACACCUGAAACGUGUUUUAACUCUUGUCUCGUUAUUUCAUCCUCUAAUACAUGAUACAUGCAUGUCAGUGUUAUUGAAAACUAAGCCGGAACUUGUCCUUCAUAACUGCAGUAUAAAGUUCAUUUGUGAGCAUGUACAUGGUCAGCAACACAACGCUGCUCAUGUAGAACAGAAUGCCAUUCAUUUCUCAGAUGCCUACAGUGACACCAUUGCUGCCAGGCUGGCUGAAGCCGUUGUUGCUGGCACUUUCAGUAGGUACAUCAUGCAUCCCAUGUGGAAAAGGAAAGACAUAGAAGAUAAAGUGUACCAAAUGCUUAAAGAUGUAGGCACUAUGUCUUCUGAUUCUAUGCACAGCGUUCUCCAUUUUGCCUGUUUCUCUGGGAACAAUGACAUCAUUGAAAGAUUUCUCCCUCACUGUGACAUCAAUAGACGUGCUGUGAAUGGCUGGACGCCAGCUAUGUUCGCUGUUACUGGUGGACAGAUUGAUACUUUGAAACUUCUCGUAAAACAUCAAGCUGAUAUCACAUUACGUGAUACUGUGAACAAGGACCUAUUCCAUUUGGCUUGUGAAUAUGGGGAUAUGUCAAUGGUGAAAUGUGUUGAAACAGUGAUGAUGAAAGGUACUGAUUGGCAUAUCAAUUGCCGAGGAAUGAAUGACAUGACACCAGUUAUGUGUGCAGCUUUCUCUGGAAAGAAUGAUCUCCUGGACUAUCUUGUCAAGAAAAAGACAUCUGAUUUAACAUUACGAGAUAGGAACAAUAACACAGUUCUUCAUCUGGCAUGUAUCUAUGCAAAUGAGUCCAUUGUCAAUUCGUUGUUGCCAUUAACAGAUAGAGAUUGUCAAGGGGAAAAUGGCAUGACACCUAUAAUGUGUGCACUAUUGUCUGGGAGGAGGGACAUAUUCAACCUUCUCAUGUCACACAAUUCAGACACAUCUUUGACUGAUGAUGACAACAACAGCCUCCUUCACUUGGCAUGCCUCCUUGAUGAUGUACCCAACACACUGCUGACAAAGAUUGACUGGGAUGUACAAGGAAAUCAUAGUUGGACACCUGCAAUGAAGGCAGCUGUCAAUGGAGCAGCGCAUGCAUUUGACCUGCUUGUGAAAGCAAAGGCUGAUCUUUACCCGAAAGAUGACAACAAGAACAAUAUCCUUCAUCUUGCAUGCCAUGGUGGACAUGUCUCAAUUGUGAAAUAUGUACUGUCAAUGUUUGAUAUCAAUGCUUGUGGAAAUAAUGGAUGGACGCCAGUAAUGUAUGCAGCUGGCAAUGGAUUAAAAGACGUGUUUGACCUGCUUGUGUCAAAGGAGGCUGAUUCAUCCCUAAAGGAUGACUACAGCAAUUCUGUAUUUCAUUUAGCAAGUUUAGGUGGAAAUAUAUCUAUUGUGGAAGAUCUUCUGCCAACUUCUGACAUCAACAGUCGGGGUGACCACGGGAGAACUGCAAUUAUGAAUGCUGCCUGGACAGGCCACAGUCAUAUUUUUAAAUUUCUUGUGUCACAGGACAUUGAUCUUAAACUGACUGACGACAACAAUGACACGGUGCUUCAUUUUGCCUGCGAGGGAGGGGACGCAGCCAUUGUGGAACAUCUCCUGACAAGAGUUGACCUCAAUACUCGAGGAAGGAAUGGCUGGACCCCGGUCAUGGUCGCAGCUCGGUUUGGAAAAUUAGAUCCUUUCAACCUGCUUGUUUCAAAACAGGUAGAUAUCAGGCUGACUGACGACAACAAUAACAACAUUCUUCACCUUGCAUGUCAGGGAGGAAACAGGUUCAUCAUAAAACAUCUGCUUCCACUGUUUGACAUCAACAGUCGGGGACAGGAUGGAAGAACGGCUGUGAUGUAUGCAGCUGUCAAUGGACUGAGAAGUGUAUUUGACCUGCUUGUCUCAAACAAGGCUGAUGUUUCACUAAAGGAUGACUACAACAACUCUGUAUUUCAUUUAGCAUGUCUAGGUGGAAAUAGUUCAAUUGUGGAACAACUAUUUCCAAAUGUUGACAUCAGCAGUGUGGAUGACAAUGGGAGAACAGCAAUCAUGAAGGCAGCUUAUGCUCGACAGAAGAGUGUUUUUAAUUUUCUGGUCUCAAAGAACUCCGAUCUGAAAGUGAUAGAUGACUAUAGAGACAAUGUGUUACAUUUCGCAUGUAAGGGCGGAGACAAGACUAUUGUUCAGUGCAUUCUUCAAAGGCUUGACAUCAAUACCCGGGGAAGGAAUGGUUGCACACCAGUGAUGAUUGCAGCUCGGUUUGGAAACAGACAUCUUUUCAACUUGCUUGUUUCAAAGGAAGUGGAUCUCACCAUGACUGACGACCACGGUAACGACAUCCUCCACCUUGCAUGUCGGGGAGGCAACAGGUUGAUCAUAGAGCAUCUGCUUCCACUGUUUGACCUCAACAGUCGGGGACAGGAUGGUAGGACGGCUGUGAUGUAUGCAGCUGUCAAUGGACGAAGGAGGGCGUUUGACCCGCUUGUCUCAAAUGGGGCUGAUAUUUCCCUGAAAGAUGACUACAACAAUUCUGUAUUUAAUUUAGCUUGUACAGGUGGAAAUAUGUACAUUGUGGAAUAUUUACUUCCAAAGAAUGAGAUCAACAGUCGGGGUCACGUGGAGAGAACAGCAAUAAUGGAGGUAGCUUUGGCAGGAAAAAGACAUGUCUUUGACUUUCUGGUGUCAAAGGAAGCUGACCUGAAACUGAUAGAUGCCUACACUGAUACUGUUCUACAUUGUGCAUGUCAAGGAGGGAACACAGCCAUUGUAGAAUAUCUUCUGAAGAUAUUGGACAUUAAUGAGAAGGGACAGAAUGGCUUGACACCAGUAAUGCAUGCAGCUAGGGCUGGUCAGAAGGAUGUGUUCAGUCUGCUUGUAUCACAACAAGAUGAGUUAAAUCUGCUUGAUCACACCAGGAACAAUUUACUGCAUCUUGCCUGUCAGGGGGGAAACCGUUUCAUCAUAAAGUACCUCUUGCCACUGUUUGACGUUAAUGGUCCUGGAGAAGACGGGUGGACGCCAAUCAUGAUGGCAGCUGUCAGUGGAAAGAUGGAUGCUUAUGAUCUGCUUGCAUCAAACGGGGGUAUUCCAUCCCUGACUACUCCGCAAAAUGAUAAUGUUCUUCAUGCAGCUUGUCAAGGUGGUAACAAGGCCAUAGUAAGGAAGGUCAUUGACAUCUUUGACAUCAACACCAGGGGAAGGAAUGGUUCCACACCUCUGAUGAGGGCUGUUAUUGGAGGCCACAUUAGUGUGCUGAAGUUCCUGAUGUCUCGUUCAGCUGACCAUACUCUGGUGGACAAUGAUGGGCUCACUCUUCUACAUCUUGCUUGUAAAUAUGGUCACCUCGAUGUUGUGAAACACAUCUCAGACAGGUUUGAUAUAAACACUAAAGACAAGGCCGGUUUAACAUGCAUCAUGACAUCAGUACUGUAUGGUAAAGUUGCAGUAUUUGAGGACCUGCAAAGUAGAAACGCAGAUUUGUCACUAGUUGACAAUGAAGGCGAUGAUGCCUUAAAUCUUGCCCUUAAAGUAGACUGCAAGCAAAUCAUAGAAAAACUGUCAUCAGGUAGAGAGUCAGAGAGGAACGUCACACCAUGGAAUGCCCUUAUGAAGGCAGAAAUGAGAUCAGAUGUGUAUCAUCUGAAUAAAAACCGGAAAGUUUCCCUUAGGCUCUAAUGAGACCACUGCAGAGGAUGUUAUUGACAACUUUGACAUCAACGCGAGAGGAUCGAAUGGCGAGACUCCUCUGGCGAGAGCAGUCCGUUGAGGUCACAUUGCCGUGUACAGAUACUUGGUGUCCUGCAGUGCUGACCGUACUCUCGACGACAAAGACUGACAUAAUUUUUUACAUCUUGCUCGUCAUCACGGACAACUUAUAAUGUUGAAAUAUGUCAUUGAUUAUUUUGAUAUCAACUCAAAGGACAGUAUUGGCGUGACACCUGCAAUGACGGCAGCUCUACACCAGCAAGCUGCAGUACUCAAAUACAAUAAAGGCACAUAUCUGACUUGGGAGACAACACGGGAGACGAUGCCUUUACUCUCGCGCUUAAGUUCGGGAGCAGACAAAUCAUAAAAUAACUAGAAAGAAAACAAGACAAGACAGUGACUCCUAGGAAGGAACUUAUGACGCCCUUCGUAAGAAUGAAAAGUGGCAUCAUGUGUGUACAGGAACACACUCUACACUGAAAACUAUAAAAAAGGUUUAUUGUACAUUAAAUGCUGUAUCAGUAUGGACUGACACACUUAUAUAUACAUAUGUUCAACAGGUUUCCGUCCAGUAGCAAAAUGGAAGGUUGGUUGGGUGUUGUCUAACGCCGCAUUCAGCAAUAUUCCAGCUUUAGGACGAUGGUCUGUAAAUAAACGAGUCAUGACAAGACAAUCCAGUUAUUGACAUCAUGAGCAUCGACCCACGCAAUUGGGAUCGAUGACAUGCAUCAACCAAGUCAGGGAGCCUGACCACCCGAUCCUGUUAAUCAAAUUGGAAAUAUGUGUUAUUGUCAAACAGUAUUUGCGUCUACUGAUGUCUUUAGUAUUACAUUCUGAAGAGCAUACAUUCAAGAGGAGAUUUUAUACAGAUUAUGUUUUGUCAUUUCUAUUUAUGUAGAAAUAUGUGAUAUUCUUGUGGCAAUUCUAUUAACUUUGAACACAUAUAUUACUACUACAAGAGAUUGUGGAGAGACCCUACAUGGUUAGAAAUGUAGAAUCAUGCUAUUUACCUUAAGUGUUUGACAGGCGUUGUGUAGCUCCUAUUGUUAAAACAAUUGGGCAUUAAUGUUGUUCUAUUUUGUAUCAAAAUCAUAGCACACUCCCGCUUUAGGCGAGUAUUUGUUUCUGCAGAACAUAUGUUUCUGUAAACAACUGCAGCACCUCUGGAAAGCCGCAAUGACAAAGGUUGUAUACUUGUAGUAGUGUAAUCCAAUCGACACCAGACAGAAAUUACUUUGUAAAACAACAUUGCCAAGGAUGUGCUUCUUCAAGAUAAACAAUCACUGAUUAAAUGUAGUUUAUUGCUUAAUAUUUAUCAAUGAUUAUUUUAUACAGUAGAUCCUUGUUGUGGCUAUUAGAACCUCACACAUUUUAAAAGACAUUUCCCAAAACCUCAGGCGAUGUCAAUUUCAAUAAUAUUUCUAACAAACAUUUGCUGCUUUCUAAAAUUUACCUUUCAACGAUUGGUGAAACACACAUGAAAACAGAAGGAGGCAACUAUGAAACAAUGUUGUUAAAUAGACAAUAUAUGUAUGCAAGUUGACAAAUAUUCUACAAUAUCCACACGUGAUCACCACUCCUCGAAUAUAUCAUUAUCUUUGACUUGAUUGCUGUAUCAUCAAAUAAAAUAACUCCCGUGCUUUUGCAUAUGCAUAUUUCCACGUAGCAUUACAUAAUUGUAAUAUUCAUACACAAUAUGGCAUAUAGAAGCCGGACAACAUAUGCAAUUUUACAUUAUGUGUGUCUAUAUAAAAAAAAGCUAAAGACAUAGUUGCACAGGAAGCCCUGAUUCUGUAAAUGUCGUCUUUCUAUGAAGGAUAACCUGAAAAUAGUGACAAAAUAGAAAAAAAAGUGUGAACUCAUCAUUAUAUACUUCACGUACGGCCAUCUUCUUGUGUCUAUCAUGAGCAUGCAGUAUUAUCCACGUAUUAUUCCACCAUGACCCGUCAUUUUCCCGUUCACCAGAAAAAACAUUGAUGCGGCACAUUUGGAUAUGUCCUCCACAUGUCCAGCCUAACAUCUUUUAACAGCUUUACAUGGUGCAGCAACUUUUGAGCAAGAGUGGUAUGACGUUCUUUGGUAGAAAAAAACUGAAAAAAGUGAACUGUGGAUACCAAAGACUUGUACUGCUGGACUAUUUCUCGACAUAAAGGGAAGGUUGACUAUUGGAAAUUUGAAAACAUCCCUCUUGUCAUACAAUCUUGUGGAGAGUGUUGUUUGUCUUUCACUCUGAAUCUUUAUGCAUAGGUCUGAAUAUGAAACAGAUGAGGCGGUCUAACUUAUUUCUCGUUCAGGUUUAUAAACCCGUGGGAGGGAAUUGUAAUUCCGAUCAGAAAUUCCAUUUCGUAUUGUUAUAUGGCACUGUGUACUUUAUUGUUUAGUAAUGAUUAUAGAUGUGUUAUGUUGUUUCUGCUGACAUUCAGGGAACGCUCAUUGUAUGGUUUGGGGCAGUCUUCAGGAAUGUGGUACUAGUUAACCUUAGCUGUUUUCAGGAAGUUACUAUAUUUACAUGUAGAUACUCGUGUGGUGUGUAAACUUCCGGCAUACCGUGGACUGGUAUGGACUUGUCUGUGGUCUCGUAAGUGAGUUGGACGAUAUGUAUGAAGACAGUUGCUUGUUUGCGUGUCUGAUACCAAUUUGGUCUCUCACACAAUUGGUCUCUCGCACAUUUGGUUUCGCGCUUGUUCAUCAUUUUAGACUAGUUUUCAUGUGAGGAUCGCUCAUCAUCCCUGAUUCCCUGCCUAGCCCAUCUCUGAAACUUUUGCUUUCACCACUUUAUUUUUGUAUUUGACACUGACCACUGCCUUCAUAUUAUAUGUUGAAAUUGAAUGCAAAACCACCACUCUAUUGUUUACUGCCAUUGUAAUUGCUGUACAUCAAAUGUAUUGAUUUGUGAAUUUAAUGAAUUAUGUAAUACAUUUGUUGAAUGUG